UUUAGCAUGAAGGGAUUCAUCCUGACCCUGGUGCUCACCCUCGUGGGGGGCCAGAAGCAGGACCUCGAGCCUGCUUUUCAUAUGGGCAAGACCUACCUGUAUGGCUAUGAGAGUGUCAUCAUGCAUGGACUGCCUGACAGAGACUUGGCGAUGGCGGGGGUGAGGCUGACAGGCAAGCUGGAGAUCAGCCGCAUGUCUCAGAGCAACCACCUUCUCCAGAUUCGAGAACCAAAGCUGGAGGAACAAAAUGGCUUCUGGCCCAUGGACCCCUUCAUUCCAUCUUUGAGGCUCUCAGAAACCAUUGCUACAUGCCUCAGCCAAGCCUUUAAGUUUGAAUACACUGAAGGAAGGGUUGGAAGUAUUUUUGCCCCUGAGGACUGUCCCAUUCUGUGCACUAACCUAGUGAGAGGGAUUCUGAACAUGAUGCAGAUAACCAUCAAAAAGUCACAAAAUGUGUAUGAACUACAGGAGGCUGGGAUUGAAGGCAUCUGCCAAACCAGAUACAUUAUCCAGGAUGACAGCAAGAGUCACUGGGCCACCAUUUCCAAAAGCAAGGACCUGACGAACUGCCAGGAGAAAGCGGUGAAAAAUGUGGGAAUGUCAUACAUCCGCCCCUGCCCUACCUGCUCCCCGAAAGUCAGAAACAUUAAGGGCAUGGUGAUGUUCACUUACAAGAUGAAGUAUGAUGAUAGCGGGGUAUCGUUGAUGUCUGCUACCUCUGAGCAGGUGUACCAGAUCUCUCCCUUCAAUGAACCCAACGCGGCAGCAGUCAUGGAGGCAAGACAAGAACUGUCUUUGGUCGGCAUCAAAAGUACUCCUAUCAGUGCACCAAAAACUCAGCUGCAAAACCAAGGGAGUCUUCGUUAUCAUUUCUCAGGAGAACUACUCCAAAUGCCAAUUCCUCUAAUAAGGAUUAAAAAUCCAGAUUUACAGUUAACAGAAACGCUGAGGCAAUUAGUUCAGAAUAAUGAGAAAGGAGACACUAAAGAAGCUUCAGCCAAGUUCUUACAAAUGGUCCAGCUUUUUCGUGUAGCGACCCUUGAUCAAAUUGAGUCUUUGUGGCUGCAGUUUGUCAACGAACUUCCCUACAGGCCCUGGUUCCUAAGCGCCAUCUGUGCUGCUGGAGCUACUGACACGUUCAGAUUCCUGAAGCAAAAAAUUCAUGACGAGAAGCUGAACAUCUGGGAAGCAGCUGCGACUCUCCCUCUCGCCUUCCAUUUCGUUACACCAAACAAGCAAACCCUGGAAGUUGCCUCAACUUUUCUGACCUGUCCCCAAAUCCAGAAGGUACUGGUGCAUCGGAUAAUUGUUUACCUGGGAUAUGGUAGCAUGGUAAAUAAAUACUGUGCUCAGACUUUACUAUGUCCAAAUCAACUUCUUCAGCCACUCCAUGACCUUGCUACUGAAGCCACCAGCAAAGCUGAUGCCAAAGAUAUGUCCUUGGCCCUGAAAGCCAUCGGCAAUGCAGGAGAGCCAGCCAGUAUCAAACGCAUCCUGAAGUUUUUGCCAACAUUUUCCUCAGCUGCAGUUUCAUUGCCAAGCAGAAUUCAUGCUGAUGCCGUGUUGGCCUUGAGGAAAAUUGCCAGAAAAGACCCUGUAAAAGUAAGGGAGAUCACCCUCCAGGUCUUCAUGGACAAUAGACUUGCUCCUAAUGUCCGAAUGACGGCUUGUGUUGUCCUGUUUGAAACUAAGCCUGCUCUUCCAACGGUAGCAGCUAUGGCCAGCUCUCUGCUGACAGAGCCCAGCCUGCAAGUAGCCAGUUUCACAUAUUCACACAUGAAGGCUUUGGCAGUGGGCAGGAUCCCACAGCUCUAUAAACUAUCUUCUGCUUGCAACAUUGCCAUUAAACUCCUGAGCCCCAGACUUGACAGGCUGAGCUACCGUUACAGCAAGGUCAUUCAUGUUGGUGAUUAUUCCUCUGAAUAUCAAGCUGGUGCCAUUUGGAGGUUCUAUCUAAUGAACAGUCCCAGCACCAUGUUUCCAUCCGAUAUAAUCACAAAAGUAAGAGGAUAUUAUGCAAAUACUGCAACAGAUAUUAUCGAGGUGGCUCUCCGGUCACAAAGCCUAGCCAAGCUCAUCAGGAAGCAGAAUAUUCCCUUUGCUGAGUAUGAUACAUACAAGACACUGAAGGAGCUUGGUAAAACGUUUCUAGGAUGGAAAGAACUGCCUCCUGAAGACCCUCUGGUGUCUGCUUACAUCAAAGUAUUGGGCCAAGAGAUCGCCUUUGUUGACAUUGACAAAGAUGCCAUUCAACAGAUCAUGAUGCAUCUAACUGGAUCAUCAGACUGGCAGCCAGUGGUAAAAAAAGUUGUGGAAGAGGUGCAGAGAGGCAUUUCGGGGCGAUGGACCCUGCCAGCAAUGGUGGGCGAGCUGCGGCACAUUGUCCCCACAGUGGUCGGUGUGCCCCUGGAGCUCGGGCUGUGCGGGGCAGCAGUGGCCCACACUGCGGCCGACGUGGAUAUACAGAUGUCACCACCAUUAUCUGACAAUUUUAGACCUACACAGUUGUUGGAAACCAAGAUGGAUAUUCAUGCCGACAUCAGGCCAAAGGCAUAUUUUCAAAUGAUUGCAACGAUGGGGAUUAAUACCCAGUACUUUCAGAGUGGUCUUGAAUUUCACGCAGAGUUCAGUGCCAACACUACAAUGAAAUUUGAUGCCAGGAUAAAUAUGAAAGAGAAAAAUUUGAAGAUUGAAACCCUUCCCUGCCAUCAGGAAGCUGAGCUUGCAGCUGUGAGGAGUGAAGUUUUUGCUAUUUCAAGGAACAUGCAGGAAGCAGAUUCCGAAAAAAAAUCUCAGCUUCUCCCGAAAGGAGAAGUGCCAGGAAUCUCUGACCAGCCAUUUCAGCCACCAGAAAGAUCUUCAAGACCUGGUAGCUGGAAGCAAAGCAGUAUUCCUAGUGUGAUAUCCAAAGGAUACCAGCAAGGUUCAGAAGAGGCACAUCACCACAGCGCAGGAAGAUUUUACACACGCAUGUUCUGUAAAAAAUUUGAAAGUUUGGGAUGUUCUACUUGCCUCAGCCUGAAGUCACAAAAUUCUGCAUUCUUAAGAAAUACCUAUCUGCACAAAGUUGUUGGAGAACUUGAUGCCAAAAUAACUUUGAAGCCAGUUCAUACAGAUGCUGAUAUUGACAAAAUAGAGCUGGAGAUUCAAGUAGGAUCCAAAGCAGCAUCAAAAAUAAUUGAUGUAGCAAGCUCAGGGUCGAAGGAAGAGGAAGAGACAUCUCCAUAUGAGGACAUUAAAGCUAAACUGAAGAAGAUUCUAGGCAUUGAAAAUGUGUUCACGGCCUCAAAUAAAACACGUCGCCGCACAAAACGGAUUAACAGAGAUUACAAGACUGCAGAUACAGGCCUCUGGGCAGAGCCCCGUGCACCCCACCUCUCCAGUUCAUCCUCUUCUGCUGCUGCUUCCUCUGCUGAUGGCAAGGAGCCUGGAAAUGGUCACAAGAAAGAUGAAAUAAGGCAAUCUGGGAAGAAGCGUGGCAGCAAGAGCAGCAGCAGGAGCAGCAGUGGCAGGAGAAGUGGCAGCAGCAGUGUCAGCUCCACUAGCAGUAAAGUAUGCAGCAGCAGCCAAGAAGACCACUCUGGGGACAGGGACUGCAGUGGGCACAGUGAAAAUUCCAAACAACAGGUAAUCCUCCCUGUUUACCAGUUUCGGUUUAAGCCAGCAGAUGAACAGGGCCCAGAAAGGGAAAUCCUGAACAGCAGCAUCAGCUCUUCCUCUUCUUCAGCAGCUAGUGCUGAAGGCAUCUCUAGAGCCAUGUCUCAGCCUAAAUUCUUGGGAGACAGCAAGCCACCGAUAUUGGCUGCGGUCCUUCGUGCCAUCCACAAAAAUGAGCAGCCAACAGGAUUACAGCUUGUCCUGUACGCUGAUACACAACCCUGGAGGUCAAGAAUACAGGUGUUUGUUUCAAGCAUCACAAGACCAAGCAGAUGGAAACUCUGUGCUGAUGCUUCAGUGAUAAAUUACCGAAAAGUAUCAGGUUCUCUUAAAUGGGGUAAAGAUUGCCAGGACUACCAGAUUGCUACUCAGAUUGCAACAGGGCAAUUUGCUGCUUAUCCAGCUAUGCAGAUGAAGCUAGAGUGGCUAACAGUACCUUCAAUAAUCCGAACAACUGCAAGAUGGUUCUACUCAUUUCUUCCAGGAGCUGCAUAUGUGCUUGGGUAUUCCCUAAGGCAACAACUUGGUCCCUCUCACCAGGCAACCUUGGUUAUGGCUUUGACAUCUCCGAGAACCUGUGAUGUUGUUUUUAAGUUGCCAGAGCUCACAAUUUACAACAGAGCCAUCAGGCUUCCCCUGCCAUUCCCUUCACGUCCAGUUUCAACACUACCAUCCUCUGACUGGAAUGUCUUUUCCCAAGCAACACUUUCACUCAUUGAAAGUUUUAAAGCUCACUGUUCAGUUUUCCAAAAUACGAUCACAACCUUCAAUGGUGUUGAAUUUAACUAUUCAAUGCCUGCAAAUUGCUACCAUGUCUUGGUGCAGGACUGUAGUCCAGAGCUUAAAUUCCUGGUGAUGAUGAAAAGACUUGAAGAGUCUGCUGACCUUACAGCAGUAAAUGUCAGACUCUCCAGCCAUGAGGUUGACAUGUAUGUUUCCAAUGGACUCAUCCAUUUGAAGAUUAAUGGUGUCCAAGCCCCAAGAGAUGUUCCAUACACAUCUAAUUCUGAUGCAAGCAUACUGAUCAGCAGUGAAGAGGAAGGAUUGGCACUAAAAGCCCCAGAUUAUGGCAUAGAUAAACUAUAUUAUGAUGGGCAUAGACUUAAGAUUCAGGUUGCUUUCUGGAUGGCUGGAAAAACAUGUGGCAUUUGUGGAAAAUAUGAUGCUGAAAAGGAAAGAGAAUAUCAAAUGCCCAGUGGAUAUUUAGCUAAGGAUGCAGUGAGUUUUGGUCAGUCUUGGAUCAUCUCAGAAGACUCGUGUGCUGGAGCUUGCAAGCUGCAGCGCAAAUUUGUCAAAAUUGAGAAGGCAGUUGGAUUUGAGAAGAUGGCAGCAAAAUGCUUCUCUGUGGAGCCAGUUCUUCGCUGCGUGGAAGGCUGUUCAGCAACCGGGACUGUUCCCGUCUCCGUGGGCUUCCACUGUGUACCAGCCGACUCUGCUCCCAGCCUGGAAAGGCAGCUUAGGCUGGGCCAGAAAUCCGAGGACGUGGUGAGCUCAGUGCCUGCUCACACGGCGUGUUCCUGCCAGCACCAGCCGUGCCCGGCCUCAGCCCCCGCACCGACUCGCUCCUGAGG